AUAGCAAACGCGGACUGUCUUUCAUACGUUGAUGGGAGCAUCCUGUUAUCGCAGUGACAGCACUGCGACGGUGGCAGCGUGAACUAAAUUGGGUGGGAGGAGGCCGGCGCGCGUGCGGUCACAAGUUGCGCGACCACGUGUGAUAACUCUGGCGAUCAACGCUCUUCAUAUUGCAAAGUAUAUCUCCAAUGGCAGAACCUAAGGUAGAUCUUGCAUCGCUCUCGCUCUUCCGCGCCACACCUGCGCAGACUGAAGAGUCACGGCGCCGGACUUUCCCUCAGUGGGGUGGCACUCUGAGUCAGACGGACUACCUUGCGCGAGAUGCGGCGAUGGAAUUGGGCGAAUACGCCAAGGAUGGAAAGUGGAUCACUUGUGAAGAGCAAUUCCUGACGUGCGUCUUUGGGGGCAGAUACAAGCGCACAGGUCUCGUCGCUUACCCCUCUUCCUCUCCAUCUGAGCCCAACUCAGUGCACGAAGCAACUUGUUAUGGUGUCGCCUGCGUAUUUACUCCACCCUCAAAGCGCGGGCGCGGUUACGCAAACCAUAUGAUGAGCCUCCUGCAUUGGGUCAAUGCAUUGCGUGCCAAUCUUCCUAAAUUCCCCGAGGCAUGGGGUGCACCGCCAGAAGAGGUAGCAGAUGCUGGUGAAGGACUAUUCUCGGUGCUGUACAGUGAUGUUGGGGAGGAGUUCUAUCGAUCGGCUGGCCCUGGAGGCAAAGGGGGCGGAUGGGAGAAGCGGGGAGCGAUCUCAACUAUUUGGGAGGUGGGCACAGAGGAAGGUGGUGAUGAGGGAUGGAAUUGGUUGACGGAAGAGCAAUUGAACGGGCUUUGGGAGCGUGAUGCCGUUCGGAUCAGGAAGGAGCUGGCGAACAUGCCAACGAGCGACAGCUCAUAUAAGGUAGAGCGCCCAGCGGCAUUCGCAACAUACCUGCCAACGGAUGGUGUCUGCGAGUUCCACAUCACAAAGUCAACGUUCGCCUCCAAUUUUUCCAUGGCAGACGGAUUCUGGGGCGUAGAGUCCACGAGCGACCCAGGGACAUACGCAAGCUGGAGCGUUGACUUGAGACCACCUCCAGCAACGCUGAUCGUCACGCGACUCUGCGCCAGUGAAGAGAUGUUCCCUGGGCUGAUUGCGAAGAUCAAACAGGCGGCUAGACGAAGCGGAAUUGGAAGAGUAGAGGUGUGGAAUUUGAGAGUAGGAUUGAAAGAGGUCGCAGAGAAGACGGGUGGGCGGACGUUCAUACGAAAUGAACAUUUGCCACAGAUAGUGUGGUAUGGACCUGGAACAACGGGAGACGUAGAGUGGGCGUAUAAUGACAAGUAAGUCCUCUUGCCGUCCAAAAUAAGGGAUUAGCUGACGGUGUUCAACAGAUUCUGUUGGUGCUGAAGCGCUGAUACGUGGUACUCUCGCGGGACAGCCAGCUGAGUCAUGUCUAGUAAAUAUUAGAAUCAUGUAUCCCCUGGACUCAGCUGGAAUGAAUUUUAUAUUUGGC